ACUGCGCGUGCGCCGCGCUGCACCGCCCCGUGACGUCAUGGCGCCCGCGCCUCCUCCGCCGCUACCGCCGCGGUCGCAGGCAUUUUUCUCUAGUAACCUGGUGCAACCUGGUGAGUGCCCUCGAGGGGUGUCGAGGCGCGGGCGGGGUCCAGGUGCCGGAGAGCUGUCGUGAAGGACCUCUGAGUGGAUAUUCCCAAGGAGUCUCUUCAGUUAUGGCUUUGGGAUUAAAGUGUUUCCGCCUGAUCCACCCUGCUUUUUGCAGUUACCUUGCUACUUUGACCAGACCUGUUUCAGAAAUGUCCAUGAAGAUAGUGAAUGGAAGACAGCAGGACCAUAGGCAGCACACAGCCUAUGCGGGUGUACCGGUUCGCCAUUUUGCAACCAAGAAAGCCAAAGCUAAAGGGAAAGGACAGUCCCAAGCCAGAGUGAAUAUUAACACAGCCUUGGUUGAAGAUAUAAUCAGCUUGGAAGAGGUGGAUGAAGAAAUGAAGUCUGUGAUGGAAGCUCUCAAGGAUAACUUCAAUAAAACUCUAAACUUACGGACCUCACCAGGAUCCCUUGAUCAUAUUGCUGUAGUAACUGCUGAUGGGAAGCUUGCUUUAAACCAGAUUGGCCAGAUCUCCAUGAAGUCACCACAAUUGAUUUUGGUGAAUAUGGCCAGCUUUCCAGAGUGUACAGCUGCAGCUAUCAAGGCUAUAAGAGAAAGUGGAAUGAAUCUGAAUCCAGAAGUGGAAGGGACGCUAAUUCGGGUACCCAUUCCUCAAGUAACCAGGGAGCACAGAGAAAUGCUGGUGAAACUGGCCAAACAGAACACCAACAAGGCCAAAGACAAUUUACGGAAGGUUCGUACCAGUGCGAUGAAUAAGCUGAAGAAAUCAAAGGACAAGACUUCAGAGGACACCAUUAGGCUCAUAGAGAAACAGAUCAGCCAAAUGGCCGACGACACAGUCACAGAGCUGGACAGGCAUCUGGCAGUAAAGACCAAAGAACUCCUGGGAUGAAAAUCCAUCAGUCCCAGCCACACACCAGAGUCUGGUUUCUGGUCAUCCCAGAGGUGACAGACUGGCACCUCCCACCACCCUCUCCAGCCUUCCAGUGGGAUGCCCAGACUUACCGAGUCUCUUUCUCGUUUCCCUGCCUAGCCCCAUUCUGCUUUGAGCCUUCUGGUGUGGCAUCCCUCAGAGGCACUGCUGCUGGUAGACGACCUUUACCCUGGCAAUGGUCUUGACUGUGACGUCACCAGGGAUAAGACUGGGACCGUCGGCAGGCUUAGCACCCUGCUUCUCAUUGCUGCAGCCUCCUUGCAGGCCUGCCCCUUGUGUUCGACUCAUGUUUGGACUUCAGUCUGACUGGUAACAAUAAAACCUAAAUAAAUUGGAAAAAUGGCAACCACAAAGGAAGGGUAGAGUGGUCCAAAUGGAAGAGCUCCAAAAACCUGUAUGUGAAGCAACUGAGAAUAGUGCUUUUUCCUCUCCAUCGUCUUCACACUGCUGUUUUCUGCUUGGACCCUUUUCCUCUCCUCAUCAGCUAGUCCUGUUUAUGGUGGAUAUCAUAUCCUCUGAGAAGUCUCUGCCCCCCCACCUAGGGCUCCAUUUUGGGCUUUUAGUCUCUGUCUUCUGCUUUGAUUUGAACCUCUGAUUUUGUUUUUCCUCGUCUGUAUCUUGACAUAGUACCUGGAGAGACUGACUCACAGGAACACUUGAAGUUGUCCAUGUAUUUGUGUUAUGAAUAAAAUGUACAUAAUAGCUACUCAGAAAAUGCUGACUU